AAGUGUGAUCCGUGGGACACCGAGAAGCCUUUCCGUUCCGUUCCUCAACGGAGAAGCAACAACGCGAGAAGGCGAAGAAAAGAGACAAACGAAAAGGAGCUCUCUCACUCUCGUCAUCGGCAGAAAAGCAAACAACUUCUCUGCUAUGACCAUGGCCCUCUGCUCGCCAUCUCUUUUGUUGCCCUCCUCCUCCUCCAUCAAUCUCCCCUCUUCGUGUUCUCCACCACUCCUCCCUCUCGCUCACUCGCCGUCGUCUCUUCGACCUUCAUUUUCGUUCCUCUCCUCACACCGUCCCUCACACAGCCUCGCCUCCUCUUUAUCAGCUCGACGUCACCCAACGAGCGGUCGUAGGACGGUGCCUCGUUGCACUUUCUCGGACGUUCCCAUGGAAGAAACAGCUGUGCUUCAGCAUACCGUCCCUCCGGAUUUUCUAUCAUAUGCAAGGGCUUUUUGGGUUACUAAAGCCCUCAUUGCUUGGAACAUCAGCGAUGACGAAACUUCAGUUUCUUUCUAUGCUAGUAGGAAGGCUGACCUACACCUUUCAGAUAAAGGCAUUCAAGGUUAUGAUGUAAAAAUUCAGCUUGAAACAGAGUGUUGUGGGCUACCAACAAAUGUAAUUGAAAAAUUUCCACACAUUGCAACCUAUAAAGUAUUUAAGUUGCCAACUUCUUUAGAUGCUGAAAGCCUUCUCAAAUGCCAGUUGGUAGUUGCUUCCUAUGGUGUUGAUGGAAAAUGCAUGAAUGCUACUAGCCUUCAGAUACCUGGUGUCCUUGAUGACAUUUUUGCAUACACCGGGCCUCUUGGUGCUACUUUUGACAACGAAUCUGUGACACUUCAUCUUUGGGCUCCUACAGCACAAGAAGUGAAUGUGUGUUUUUAUGAGGAUCCCUUGGGUGGAGACUUGCUACAAAGAAUUAAGCUUGAGGAGACAAAUGGUGUUUGGAGUGCUGUUGGACCAAGUAGCUGGGAAGGUCUUUAUUAUGUUUAUGAAGUUUCUGUCUAUCAUCCAAGCAUUUUGCAAGUGCAGAUUUGCACUGUUGUUGAUCCCUAUGCUCGUGGGCUUUCCUCAAAUGGUAGGCGAACUUGGUUGGUGGACCUUGAUAGCAAAAAUCUAAAGCCAGUUGGAUGGGAUAAAUUGGCAGAUGAAAAGCCUGAGCUUCUUUCCUUUUCUGAUAUCAGCAUAUAUGAACUGCAUAUACGGGAUUUCAGUGCAAACGACCAAACUGUAGACUUUGAUUCUCAAGGUGGCUUCCUUGCCUUCACAUUGCAGGAUUCACUUGGUGUAAACCACUUGAAGAAAUUGUGUAAUGCUGGUCUGACACAUGUCCAUUUGCUUCCAAGCUUUCAUUUUGCUGGUGUUGAUGAUGAUAAAAACAAUUGGAAAUACAUUGAUGAAGUUGAAAUGGCCAAACUGCCCCCAGAUUCUGAUAAACAACAAGCAGAAGUGACAGCAAUUCAAGAUGAAGAUGGUUAUAACUGGGGGUACAAUCCUGUAAUUUGGGGUGUCCCAAAAGGAAGCUAUUCUACUAAUCCAAAUGGACCAAAUCGCAUUUUGGAAUUCCGGAAGAUGGUUCAGGCACUUAACCGAAUGGGUCUCCGUGUUGUACUUGAUGUUGUCUACAACCAUUUGGCUGCCAGUGGUCCCUUUGAUGACAACUCUGUCCUCGAUAAGGUUGUUCCAGGAUAUUACCUUCGAAGAAACACUGAAGGAGGUAUUGAGAACAGCACUUGCACGAAUAAUACAGCUAGCGAGCACUUUAUGAUGGGCCGUUUAAUUGUUGAUGAUCUUACAUGCUGGGCUGUGGACUAUAAGGUUGAUGGUUUCCGGUUUGACCUCAUGGGACAUAUUAUGAAGAGCACUAUGGUGAAAGCAAAGAGUACUCUUCAAAGCCUGUCUAAAGACAAGGAUGGAGUAGAUGGUUCAAUGAUAUAUAUUUACGGUGAAGGAUGGGACUUUGGUGAGGUUGCAAACAAUAAGCGAGGGAUCAAUGCAACACAAUUUAACCUACCAGGAACUGGAAUUGGGAGUUUCAAUGAUCGAAUACGCGAUGCAGUUUUAGGCGGAUCACCAUUUGCUCAUCCACUUCAGCAAGGGUUUGUUACUGGUUUAUCAUUGGAGCCUAACGGAUAUGACCAUGGUGAUAAAUCUGUCACGGAUCUUAUGCUGUCAUCUUCUGCAGAUCACAUACAGGUUGGUUUAGCUGCUAACCUAAAGGACUUUAUCCUAACAUGUCAAGAUGGAACAACAAAGAAAGGAUCUGAAUUUUAUACCUAUGAUGGGAAGUCAGUGGGAUUCACUUUAUCUCCUGUGGAAAUUGUUAACUAUGUGUCUGCUCAUGACAAUGAAACUUUGUUCGACAUAAUCAGUAUGAAGACUCCAAUGGAACACUCAGUAGAUGAUAGGUGCAGGAUGAACCAUUUGGCAACAAGUAUUGUUGCACUUUCCCAGGGUAUUCCUUUUUUUCAUUGUGGGGAUGAGAUUUUGCGGUCAAAGUCACUUGAUCGUGAUUCAUACAAUUCUGGUGAUUGGUUUAACAGACUUGACUUCACUUAUCAAGCGAACAAUUGGGGUGUUGGACUUCCUCCACGAGAAAAGAAUGAAUAUAAUUGGCCACUGAUCCAACCAAGGUUAGCAAACCCAUCAUUCAAGCCUGAGAAACAUCACAUUCUUGCAGCUGUUGAUAACUUUGUAGACCUAUUAAAGAUCAGAUAUUCUUCUCCACUCUUUCGUUUGAGAACUGCAAAUGCCAUUCAAGAAAGGCUCCACUUUCAUAAUACAGGGCCCUCCUGGGUCCAAGGAAUUAUCAUUAUGAGCAUCGAAGAUGGUGACGCUGAAAAACCUGGCAUGGCUCAAAUUGACCCCGUAUACUCUCUUGUGGUUGUAUUGUUCAAUGUUUGUCCUGCCCAAGUUUCACUAGAAAUUCCCGCAUUGAAGUCGAGAACACUGCAACUGCAUCCUGUGCAGUUAAACUCGGUGGAUGAUGUUGUGAAGCAAUCAGCAUAUGAUGCCUCUUCUGGGGGUUUCAUUAUUCCUCGGAAGACAACGUCCGUGUUCGUUGAGCUGCGCAAUACAUGAAUUAAUCUCCUUUUCUCUCUCUCUCUCUGCUCCUUUUUUUUUCAAUUCCAAAAUAAUAAUGUGCUGAGGAAAUCGUUUCAAGUGGGGUUUUCCAAGUUCCAAAGUAAAAUGAUCACGAUUUUUUUUUUUUAUCGACGCUCAGAAUGCAGCCUCAAAAAUUCAUAGAAAUAUUAAUAUUCUGUUGCAAAUUUCGUGUCAGUGUAUUCUGAUGCCCGGUAAGGAGGGCAAAAUAGCUAUUGCCUCUUCAUUUUUUUAUUUAAUAAUCGGCAACAGUUGGAAAUUUUCAUUCCUA